CUACUUCCUCGGCGUGGACAGAGUGGUGACGAGCCGGAGGGACAGCUGCCCCUUGACUCCAACAGUGAGCAAAGCUAGCGCUGGAGUUAUGGAAGUCUUUGAUGUCUACAGCACAGAUGAUCUCCAGAGUUUUUUGAAGGCUAAAACUGCAGAAGGCUGGGAAGUUGUGGGAACAGUCAGCAGGGCUGAGACCGCAGAAAAUGUUCCUGUCAUCGACUGCUCAGAAUUUCGGUGGAAUAAACCCAUUAUUUUAGUAAUAGGUAGUGAAGGUGAUGGACUUUCCCUGGGGACACAGCGCUUGUGCCAUCGGAUGCUAGUCAUACCCCCUGGAAGAGCGCUUUGCCCAGGAAUUGAGUCGCUGAACGUCUCUGUUGCUACUGGUAUUCUCCUGCACUCCAUCUGCAGCCAAAAACUGAAGCACAGUGAUUGAUGUUAUCCAGGCAUGUGGUGGAAAUUGUUCAGACCAGACCUUUUGACCGGGGAAGCUGCUCAGUGUUACGUGGCUAUGCUCAGCUGGAAUAGAUACGGAAGUACUCCUUCCAGGGUCUUCUCUAUUGCUGCAAGCUACAGGUAGAGACCCACUGAACUAAGCUCCGUCUCGGCUGACAAACUGCACCGCCCAAGCCCUGGCUCAGCACUGAAUUCAGACCGUCUGCGUGCCACUAGGUAACACCUCUUGGAGGAAAGGUUGUAAGGAAGCGUGGCAAAGCUAGGCUUUGAAAGCAGCCAGCCAAAUCCUUCAGGUUUUUACAGUAAAAUAUCCAGUGAUGGCUGCAGGCCUUGCGUUCGUCGCACGGGGAACUGUGUACGUUGCUCAGGCUGCGAACUGGAUUUUGGGCUGUAGUUGCUAGAUGGUGUUUGGCUGGUGCUGCCUCAGAAAGCAACUGUGCCCUGUCUCCCACCUCCUGCUGCCUCUAGGUGCCCUGUGCCUGAGCCCACUGCCCCUCUAGCAACCGAGAGGGCCGAGGGGCUGAUGUGGCUGAAAACGCGGAGCAGGAGGGAAAUCCUCCAAGCCAGGUGAGUUCCCUGUGCAAAUGCACAGCUGGCUCUGGCUCUUCACCAGGCUGCCUUGGUGCUAGUGAGAACCAGGUAGGAUUUGGGACUCCUCAGUAGCAAUUGCUUUGCAGCGAGGCGAUUUCUCUGUUACGUAUUGGUGCUUGAGUGUCUGGAAAUACACUGAGUUGUAUUGGAUUGUAAAAUAGGUCUGCAGCCCUGCCAAAGGAUGGACAUGACCUGUCAGAACAGAGCUGGUGCGAGGAAAACGCAGUCCAUGGAAAUAAAGGCCUGUAAAGAUUUCUUGUA